CCACGGUAAACGCUAAAAAAAAAUAACCAAUUAGGUACCUAGUGAAAAUUAUACGUUUUCCAUUCUUCAGAUUUCGGUAAAUUUUAACCUACGUAGUAUUUAGAUUAGUAUUAUUAUUAUUAUUUUUUUUAAGUUAUACAUGCUUUAUAUUGUAAAAUGAGCAACACAGAUAACGAUGAAGAUGGCGAGUCCGGUCUGCAGGCGUAUGAGUAUGAAUUCGAAAUAAUGGGAGAGAACGGAAAUGAAAUUGAGUGUGCCGAUAAUAGUGAACUCGCAGAACUGAAGUACCAAGACAGGUCGGACUCUUUUUCGGCCUUUUCCCAGUGGGUCAAUUUGGCCGAAGACGAUAUCGAUUUCGAAUUCAACCCAUACGACUCGGACUUUGAAUUAUUAAAGACGGAAAAAAUCAACCGCAUAGAAUCGUUGAGGAUAGAGCAAGCCGCCCUAAUCCUCCGCAAAGACAAUGCAUUACAAACGCUGACCGAACUGUACAGUAAGCGUAUGGUAAGUAUAUGCAUACGCCAUAUGUCAAUUUUUUUAAUAAAAGAAAUGUCGGGGAGCUAAAUAUAGUAAUUAAAAUUGACUAUUAUAGAUACUUAGUAUGUAUAGUGUUUGGACACUUCAUGAAAUAUAAAAUUUUUAAAUAUUUCAAUAUUUUAAUAAAACGUUUUUUUUACCUGCCUACAUUUGACAUUAGUGAUUAUUUUCUUUAAUAUUUUAAAUUUUCUUAUAUUACCUAUACGUAAUUAUAUAAGUAUACCUAAUAUUAAUUCUAUUUUUAUAGUUGUUUACACAUAAUAUGAAGGUAUGUAGACAAGUUUUAAUAGGAAUAAGGAAUAUAAUAAAAUAUUUACCUAUUAUCUAUUAUAGCCUAUAAAGAAUUAAAUCUUAAUACAUUAUAGAUAAAUAGUCGAAAAUAAGACUAUAUAUAUAUAUAUAUAGUGAUUAAUCUAUCGUAAGACACUCAUUAUCUCGGAAAGUAUUAAUUUUUUUUGGAAUUAAUUUUCAUUUAAAAAACACGCAGCUCUAUAAUUUUACGUAUAUGUUAUGUUUUGUCACUCUUAUUUUAAAGGAUAAUAUCACUACCUACUUUUGAUUUUCAAAUGGUAACCUACGAGUAUACUAAAAAUGCCAUAAAUAGAUGGAGUAUUAGUUAAAAUAAUUUUUGGUGUUGAAAUUUUUGAUUUACGUGGUUCACCUCCAAGAAUAAAAAAUGUAAAAUUGUAGAGCUCCUUGGUUUUCUAUAAAACAAAUUCUGAAAAAAGUUAAUAAUUUCCGAGAUAAUGAGUGUCUUACGAUAGUUUGAUCACUCUGUAUAGAAAUAAAACAAAAAUUCAAUCAACAUUUUUAAGAAGGCCAAAUCGUUACGUACCGGUUUUUGUAGUGAUACGUAUCAAAAAAAAAACCGAUACACAUCGAAACGUAUAACAAUUUGGAUAACCUUGUUUCACAAACAAGAGACGUUCAAUGAGACGUUCCGAUUAUAGCCAUAACUACUGGUUUUUAUCAAUAUUACUGAUAAAUGUUAACUGAUUACAUAUAUUAUCUACGUAAUUUUGAAAUUAUUAAUAUAUUUUUUUUUUUUAACGUUUAUUAUUAUGUAUAAAAUCUGUAAUGAUAUUUACAAUAAGCAUAUGAACGUUUGAUUAUAUUAUAAUGACAGGAGGGACUAAGGAGAGAUGGUAACAAUCGGAGAAAUUACUAAUAUAAUUAUUAAUACUAAUAUUAAAUCAUUAAUAUUUUUAUUUUAAUUUUCUUGUUUUAUGUAUUUUAACAAUUUUAAAGUUCAUAAUGAAAUUAAUUUCUUUUGAAUUAUUGCUACAUAAAAAACAAUUUAACCAUAUUUAUGACAGGAAUAAAAGGAAAAGAAAUGGUUAGUAGAUAGAACGUUUCAACUUAGUCAGUGUUUGUGCACAAGGCAUAUAAAAUGUACCUAAUUUAAUGUUAUUGGUAAGUUAUUUUGUUUUAAAAUUACAUUAUUUCUGAAUUGGUUUUUCUUUUUGGAAGAUUCUUACAAGUCUGGAUUUCUGUACUAAAUCAAAUCUCAAAGCAAUCAUCACAUUGACAAAACAAAAUUUUAAUGGUGUAAUAAAUUUUAAAUUAUAUUCCAUUACAAUUACAUAGUUUAGUUUAUGUGUUGUACUUACAUAAACGCUUGUUCAUCCCUGCUGAAGAGAAGUUCCAUAAUCAAGCAAUGAAAUAUGAAUAAAGUAAAUUAAGUUAAAUGAAAAAAUUAACUUAUUCAUUAUUUGUCUAAUAGCAAUUAACAAAUAACUUUUUUAGGUUAAAACCAAUUUGUAAAUUAAACGUAAUACUAAUAUUUACAAUAUAAUACAUACUAAUAUAUGCAACCUAAAUUUAAAUAUAUUUAAUAAUAAUAUAAUUUCCUGCUAAAUUUUAAAUGACACGAAUGAACCGGCGCAUCGUAAGCAUUCGACAUUAAUUCCCGAUACAAAUAGAUACGUAUUUACAGUUGUAUCGUUUUAACGUAUCAUAAACUUCUUGAACACUCGAGUACAUUUCCGGAUAUAUCAGAACAUAUCAGUAACAUAUAUAUAUGUUACGGGCAAAAGCCAAAACCGGGCAAAACGCGAAGUGUCCACGAUACUUGAGCAAAACGUAAUAUUUCGACUUUUACCCUUUAAAACCUAAUUGUGAUAAACCUCAUUCGGGAAAAUUGUAUCGUAUUCAUACAUUUAUUUUAUAAAUAUAUAAAUAAAUAAAUAAAUAUAUUAAAUAAAUCUUAUAAUUAAAGUAACUACGGCUUUGCGGUUUGAUUUCAAAUACCGACUCAAGGGAAUCGAAAAGUCAUUAUUUUUCAUAGAAUUUUAUUUAUUAUUUAAAUUUACAUUUAAGAUAUACAGGUUUAAAAUUAAAAUUGUUGAAAUUGAAUUAAAAAUUUGUUCUGUUCAUUUUAAAAAUGUAUAUUAUCGUAUAUUUCGAUACUCGUGUGUGUGCAAUGCAAAACGAGGCAGAACACAAUCGUCUAUUAUAUACCCAGACGGAAAACAACAUAGGUAUAUGUAUAGGUAUAAAUACGUACUACGUCAUACAAUAAUGUUAAAAUUAAAGGUCAAAACAGCUACCUAUAUAAAAGGUGAUUCUUUAAUUAUGACCAAGCAAUUUCCAAGGAGAAUUUUAUUUAGAUUUGAUUUUUGUGGUUUUUUUUUAAAUCAUUAUGGAAUCAUUUAAGCUUUAUUUUAACACUAUUUUCAAUUUUUAGCCUUAUUCCUUAUACCAGAAAUUAGUAUUUACUUUCUAAAUAGCAACCCACCUCUUUCAAUAAUAGAUUCAAACAAAGAAUAUUUGUGCAGAACACUAAUACAUAUCGGAUUUACCGUUGAGUUAUAACAGUUUAAAGUUUAGACAAGAGGAGUAGGUAAACUCUUGAUAAAUCUCCCCCACUCCUCUGGUCUAAACUUUCAUUUUUAAAAAAAAAUAACUAUUUACUUAUCAACAUUUUGUAAACAAAUAUUUAUUCAUUAUUAUUAAGAAUAACGGGCUGGGCCCAAUAUACAUGUUUACUAACAAUACAAUUAGAUUAAAAUGUUAAGAAAAAAAAAAGAAAGGACAAAUUAAAUACAAUAACAAGAACAGAAUGACAAAUGUUAAUAGAAAGAUAUAAUUAAAUGUUUAAGCAGAACAAGCAGAACUAAUCAAAGAAGAGAAUCAAAGGUUCACUGACAAGCCUCAUUAUGUGGUUGAGUCGUUGAGGAAUUCAUUUUGGAGAUCUAACACUAUAAAAAUGAUUAAUAGUUAAUCUUUUUACAUUACAUACAAUUUAAUUUUUAAAUAAUUACCCAUUAGAGAAGCCCUCUAUUAUUUUUGUUUUAGAUUCUGAGCGGAGCGAUGAAUAUAUUGGUUUUACAGUGAUUAUUAUUUUUUUUAUGUGAACAUUUUUUCUACUUGAAAUUUUAAUCCGAUUAUCAAAUAUAGCAUCUUUUCUGAGAGGAAAUUUUCUCUGAGUGGUACUUUAGAGCGGUAAAUUUUUAAAUGAUCAUUAAUAUUCGAAAUAAUGAGAAAAACCUGAUUCUUUAGGUUAAAAAAAAAUUGAAAGAUUAAAUAACGAUUAUCAUUGACAACCGUUUUUAAUUAUUUUUUGUUAUUAUUAUUUUUUUAUAAUUUUAAUCUUUUUUAAACAAUCAUUAUUGUCAUGGAAACGCACAUUGUGAUCAUAUUACCAUAAUAUGGCAUAUAUAUUGUUGAUAAAGCCUCACUUAUCAACUGAACUUCGUUCAGAAUUGUUUUUUUUUUUAGCAAUGAUUUAUCGUUGCUUACAGAUAUAUAUAUCAAAUUCCUAUCUGUAUUCUACCUUCCCAACUCCCCACCAACAACAGUGGCUGCACUCACGUCCGAAGUAUGCUCGUCUUUUUAAAAUAUUUUUAGGGGAAUUUUUGUCAUUUUUAAGCGUUUUUUUAUGGAUUUUAAGUGAAUUGAAAUCCGGGCCCUAACUAAUAAGUUUUAAAGAUUCAAUAAUUUAUACUUAUUUGUUUGUAUUUUAACACAGCCAAUUGAGAAGCACAUAAAAUCUCUUGAGCUCCCCCCCUGGCUACGUCAGUGUCUAAUAUCUGCAUUCACUAUCGCCUUGCUCUAUUAUUGUAAUAAUAUAAUAAUAAUAAUAUUAUAGUCAAUUGAUAUUCCUAUACAUUAAGGCAGACCCAAAUGUUCCGAUAAAUGAAGGGACGCCCGAAGAACUCGAAAACUACUAUGAAAAUUUAGUGUUGAAGUUUAGAGAUAAAAAAAUUGUUUGGCUCUGGCAAGAACAAAAACUAAAAGCCGAUUUGAAAUUAACAGCUGAGUACAAGUUAUUGGAGCGCAUAAAAUGUGACCAAUUUAUCAGCGACCAAUAUGCGUUGGAAUUACAAAUUGGCUUGACAAUGAUUAACCCAAGAACAAGAAAAAAACUUGAUCGUAAUGUAUGAAUUAGUGUUAAGGAUCCUGCUCGUGAUUUUUUAUAAAUUGUUAUUGAUUACUGAUAACAUAUUGUUAACAUUUAUAAUUAAAAAGUCUUAACAUUUCUUAACAAAAAAUGCAAUCAGUUUUAAUUUUUGUUUUAAAGGGACUUGCAUAGUUUUAAUAUUACUCACGUAGUUAACUCCCCUGCUUCAUAAAGACACCCAAUUUCGAUAAGUAUUUUUUUUUUUUGGAAUUAGAACAAUUUCUUAUAGUUGGUUUUUGAUUUAUAAUUAUAUAACCAAGAACCAUUAAAUAAUAAUUAAAAAUUCGUCAUAUUCAAACUCUAAUUUUAGCUUUUGAAAAUUAAAUUUUUAAAAUUCAAGUCCAAUGCAAAGUGCUAAAAUAAAUAUUCAUCUUUCAAACAAAUACAAAAUAUUGUCGAAAUUAGAAUACUCUACGAGGCAGGAAAUUUAAUCCUGUAGACCGUAUAACAUAGUUUGGGCAAAAGAAUAUGUCGCGCACAUUCUCUUUAAUUUAAAAACUAAAAUGGUAUUAUUAUUUAUAAUAAUACAUAUUUUUGAAAUUAAGCCGAAUAAACAACGAUUAAAGUAGUGUUUCUCAACCUUUUUACUGUCACGAAACCCUAAACAAAUAGGUUUUUAAGUAUUUAGUGACCCCUAUAUAUAUACAUUUUAUACAAGGUGACCCAAUAAUUUAUACUUAUGGAGACCCUAAAAAAUAAGUGGUAGUUCCUAAGUUGAGAAACACUGUGAUAAACCAUUUAUAUUACAUUUUUAGUCCUAGGGAAGAAAGGUUUAGCAGUCAAUUUAUGGAAUUUUUUUUUUAGAAAUUAUGAAUGUAGAGUGUAAAAGUAGAAUGUUAUGUUUUUUUUUUUUUAUUCGUAAAAAAGUUGUCUACCAGAAACUUUGAUUCAGAAAUCAAUUUUCAAGUGUAGCACUUUUCCUGAAAGGAAAUCUGACUGAGGUGGUACUUCAGGGUUCAUUUUUCAAUUUUCUCAGGGGUGUUCAUAAUAUAAAUUGGAACAACCGGGAAAAAACUUAUAAUAUAAUAUCAGUAGAAUAUAAUAUUGCAUUCAUAAAUAAUAGUAUUAUACCUAUUUAAAGUAGGUAUUAUAAUUAAUAAAUUAUGAAUCUAUUGAUAGAUAAGUGUUACAUAUUUAGGUGAUCCAAAAAAUGAUUGACGAUUGUCAGGAAAAACAUAAACGGAUUAAUAUUUUAUGUACUAAGCAAAUUAGAAACAAUAAUGCAAUUAGAAAAAUAGAAACUGCUAUUAAGGAACUUUUAUCAAAUUCCACUUAUAAUAUUCAGGACUACCAACAAAUGUCUGCUGAAGUCAUUCAAUUAAAUAUGCUCCAAGAAAAAACGUGAGUUAUUUUGAUAGAAAACUGAAAUAGGUAUCAUAUAGGUACUGACACUAGCUGAUAUGAGGUUAGAAUUCAGUGGUUCACAAUUUCUUUUAUUCCACGCCCUUUUAUAGAUUUUAUAAAAUCUCUUGCCCCCGAGCAAUUUUCCCCUGUCGCCUCUACCUUAAUACGGCCUUGCUCUUAAUCGUUAUCGAUACUCAACCACCAGUUAUUAAUUUUUAAUUUUUUCCCUACAUUGUAAAGUACAAAUUUUACUUCAUGAUGACUGCUUACGCCUUCCCAGCAUUUUGUUUACGCCUCCUCGUCUUUUGGGAACCACUGGGUUAGAUCCUAAAAUUCGUCUUUUUUAUAAUCGAUAAGGGUCUUAAUAAAAUAUUUAAAAAAAUUUACUGUUAAGAAAGUAAACAUUUAAUAUAGUUUUUUUCAGGAAUAAUCAUAUUUGUAACGUCCGACGAAUAAUCAUAGAUACGAUAAAAGAAAAUCCUUACUUCCAUCAAAAAGUAGCCGAAUUAAACCAGGCCAAAGAAAAUAAAAUAUUUGAAUUAAAAAAAUUAAAAGAUGCAAGUAUUUUAAAUUUUAUUAGUAACGGAGUGAGCAAUGAAUGUGAUUAUACUGUAUGCUUUUAUUCUAUUUACAAACCAAUUUUCGGCUAGAAAAUUUAUCCCGAUCUUCAGUAAACAAAAUAAAGAAGCUUUCUGCCUACAAUAUACAAAUUCUGAUAGUUAUUUAAACGUAGUUGUUGGCUAUUUAAACAAAAUAUGAAAAUUUUAAUGGUACGAGGUUGCAAUCCAAAUGCAUAAAUUACACUUCAGUUUCUGAAGGCUAAGCUUUGUUGGGCUAACCAAAUUCGACGUGUCGUAUUCUUCAGAUGUUGGUAUGAAGGUAUGAAGGAAACUCAUCAGGUCUGGAUGAAUGUCUUCUCGUCUUGUUGGCCGUUUCCUUGUGAAUUUCCCCUUUAAUAUGAUGUUGACAAAUUCAUUGUGUCUUAGCAGAUGCCUGACGAGUUUCUUCCUUUACCAAUUUCGUGCAAGAUCGCAUCGUUCUUUUUCCUUUCUGUCCAACUUAUCCUUGACAUUCUUCUCCAUAUCGAUAUCGCUUCCAACCUUCCUUUUUCAUAAUUCUUUAUGGUUCACGUUUCUCAUACAUACAACAAAAUACUUAAGAUAUACGAUAAAAACAUUAUUAUUGUACAUAAUUUAUAAAUGAAACGUUCUUAAGCAGCAAUGGAAACAUAAUUAUGUAGCAGAGGUGUUUAACAAACGGAAAAAAUUGGACCUAAAAACACAAAUGCAAGUAGACUGGUUUGCCGACGACUCGCUCCUACUCAAAGAUUAUCAAAUGAACAUGGAAAAAUCUCAAAAAAAUUUAGUGUACGAGAUUGAGCUCAAACAGAAGAUUUUCGAAUAUGGAACCACCAUUAAAAACUAUCUGGCAUUACUAAAAGAAAUAAAGACAAAUUAUUCUGAAUAA